UGCGGCAGAGCCCGCGGAGGUCAGGUCGUGCCCGCCAGGGACCCCGCGCCCAGCGCCGGCCAUGCGCGCCCGGAGCCCUGCGGGGCAGCCGCACACCUAGGAGUUCUGCUGGAGGUCAGCGGAUGAAGCUGAAGAUUAAAUAGGAAGGCUUAUUUUAGCAGGGCUAAAGAAAUCUUGCUGUUCUUACAAUACCUUUGAGAAACUACUGAAGUUUUAGGAAAAUGACCUAAGAACCGUUUUGAUAGAGUUUAAGCUGUUCAGCAAGGGGCGCUCUAAUGGAUGACGAAGAAUUUCCUACAAAUCAUCAACUGAUAGACUUAAAGGACAGACUUCAUGCUGGUGACAGUGUGGGAAAUGUGGGAACUCAUUUGGCUUCUUCAUCUGAUGAAAAUGAAAAUCAACUUGAUGGUGACAGGAGUGAGGUCCUGACCAGUGGUGACAGUGCAAUGGGAAUGCAUGAAAAGGUUGAGCAGGACAAUAUCAAUAAUAAUGAAAAUGUGGACAGUGGAGACUGUACACCAAGCUGCCAAGAAGUUGAGACUGAGAAGAACUCUGAAAGUUUCCAUAUGGACAUUCAUAGAGAGGAAAAGCCUGUUCUAGAAAAAUGGACAGAUGGAAAAAGAAGUCCAACUUGCAAAAAAGACUCCAUUAGAAAAUCUACAGGAGUUCCUUCAGUGGACACAACAGCACUCAGGAAAGAGAAUGCUCUCCUUAAAGCUACAGACUCAGUUCAUGAUGAAGAUGCUGAUGAGACAAAUGUGAACUAUCAGCAAAAGCAACAAAAACAGACUUUGCAGUCCCUUUUUUCCAUGCUUCGAGAAGAGUUUGAGCAGAUGGACUCGAGGAUACUCCCUUUGUGUCUCCAUCAGAUAGCUGAGGCCUAUUUUCAGGAGGAGGAAUAUGAGAAGGCAAUGAAGUUCAUUCAGCUCGAACGACUGUAUCAUGAGCAGCUACUUGCAAAUCUUUCUUCCAUUCAGGAACAGUGGGAAACAAAGUGGAAAACAGCUGUGCCCAGUACAGUUACGACUCUGAGGAAUUCAGCUAAAGGACUUAACAAUGAAGAGUUAGAAAAUCUUGCUAAACUUUGUACAUCACAUCAAGAGCCACUUGUAUCCAAACACAGGCUAGUAACUACAGAAAAGUCCUUGGGAGGCAAUCGUUUUGUACAAUUAAUGGGAUCAGAAGAUUUAAAAGAAAGAGGGGCUGCUGCUUGUGAUUCAGAUACUGAAACUCGGCCUGGCACUGGACCAAGAAAAGAAAACCAGCACACAGAGAGACAGAUGAGUGAGAGCUCCCUGUGUGAUAGUAAAACUGAUAGGCUUACAGAAGCAGCAAGUUUUCAAGUAGCUGCAGGGAAGGACCACAUGGAGGAGCAGCACUGCAGUGCUGAAUCAACACUGGAGCCACACACCCAGUCUAUAGGGACAGUGGGCAGGCCUUGUUCUGACUGUUUAUCAUCUGGGGAUGCUGGUAAAGAUAACAGUUUGCAGCCGAGAGAGAGGCAGUUCUCUAAGGAUGUGGCUAAAAUAGAAGACGUGGCUAAGCAGCCUGGAGUGGAACUCUCUGGUGCGCCAAUGGUAGACACCUUAGUUUUAGCGGACGCUGAUUAUAUCCCUUCUGAUUUGAUUUCUAAAGAUGAAAAUGUGCAAGCUGAAAGAAAUGUUCUCAGAUCAAAACACCGUGCAUGCUCUCCUGAGACUGCCAGAAGCCAGCUAGGAAAUAGUGCAUUAAACCAGCAGCAGCAGAAGCCUGGUUUAGAUGAGGAUGGAAAAUGCCCACAGGACAGAACUGCAUCAAACAUUUGUGAAAACAUGUGUUAUGGAAGUAACAACACACCUGAACAUAUCAGUCCUGCACAUCCAAAAGUAUUCAAGGGACUGCAGGAGAUGGCAAGGCAGCAGGAGGAGGAGGUAAAUAAUGACGAACCGGAAGAUUUUUUUGGCAGAUUCUUAAAUGGUAGCAUAAAAGACACUGAAGAAUCCCUUGCAAAUUUAGAAAACCAAGAGGACUCUGAAACUCUCCCAGAUAUUCCACUGGAACAAGCAUCAUACAUUUCAACAGAAGCUUUAUUAUUAGAUGACAGCUUUUCUUCGCUCGAUGAACUUGCAAAAAGGAUAGAGAUUGCAGAGGUUGCCCCAGCUGAGGGACUGGUGUCCAUCCUAAAGAAGAGAGAUGACAGUGAAGGAAAGACACCUGCUCAAAUCCAGCAGAGAAAUCCAAAGAGAAGAGUGAGAUUCCAAGAAAUGGAAGACACCUUGGAUCAAGAUGAAGUUGGUGGCGGCUCCUGUGUUUUGCUGAUCCUGUUGUGCAUAGCAACUGUUUUCCUUAGUGUUGGAGGAACUGCACUGUACUGCACCUUUGGUGACAUGGAAUCCCCUGUAUGUACUGACUUUGCAGCCAACAUGGACUUUUACUAUACUCAGAUAUUGCAGGGUGUGGAGGAACUUAAACACUGGGUAGCCUUCACAUAGUUGAAAUGAGCAGGAACAACACACUGACAGCUUACCAAUGAUUAACAGAGAGGUUAAAAAAAAAUUGUGAUUUCAAUUUUCUGUAAUAUGUGCCAUCUUCAGGUGAGGUACAGCUGAUGACAUAAACCUAACCUUUAAAUACUGGUUGAGAAGAACUGUCUAAUCUAGUAAUCAGGUGGGUAGAAAUCAAGUGUGGAGCAGGAGAAUAAUAAGCAAGAUGUCAUUGCCUUCACCUUCUGAAACCAAGCGAAGAGCCAUUCUACAUCUUGGGAAAUGAAGAAGAUAGAAAACUGAUUAGCCUCUACACAGUCUCCCAUUGCCACACAUUCUAAGCAAUCUUUGCAAUCUUAAUGAAAAGACAAUUUUGAUUUACAGCUGUUUGCACAAAAGUGUUGCCUUCAGCUAUUAUGCAAUAAGUCUGUGUUUUAUGAAAAUGUUUCCUUAUUUUUCUUUUAAGUCUUAAUGUAUUUUUUUCAUUUUAAAUGUCCUGGUGAGCUGUUUAAUUAUGGGUGGAGUGAGUAGAAUGCAUUGGCAUUUGCAGUGCCCUCAUACUAUGUUAGCUAAAUGGAUUGGCCUUAUGUCUUUUAAGUGUGUGGCAGUUGUCAUGAGUGGGUUAAAUCUGAAGGCAGUUUUGCCAGAGUCUCUGGAAUUUUAUUCCCAAACUUGGGUGGACAGUGCUGGAAAUUUGUGGGAUUUUUUAAAAAGAAAAUUCACUCCCAGCACACAAUACUAAGUGUAGGAAAUUAUUCUUACUAAUAAUAGUAAAGCCACUUGAGCCAAUGAAAGGGGCAUGGGACUAGGAGUCAGGAUACAUGGGUUCUCUUUCCAGCUUUACUACUCACUUGCAGUGACUUCUCUGCCUCAGUUUCCCCCUCCGUAAAAUGGAGAUAAUGAUCUUUGUCCUCUGUAAAAUGCUUUAAGAUCUACAGAUCGAGAAUGGUAUAGAACUGUCUGGUGUUAUUUAUAAAUGCAAAACAUACAGAAGUUUUGUUCAACCUGGCAUAUAGCCAAGAUCAGCUGCAAAGUUCAGAACCAAACUUCUCCAGAUUUCCACCUCUGAGCUUUACUGAGUCAUUUUGAAUAAAAUUGACUCUAUUUCAGCAAGUCUUGUUCUCAGGGGAAAAUCCUCUCUAUCUCUGUGACAUUUUCUUUUUCCCUGAGAUCUUUCAACUCCCUCAUAUAUUCCUAUCAUUCUUUUUUCAUGGAGAUCUACUCUCCCUAGAUUUUUCUCUUCUUUUCCUGUCCAGAUCCAUGUUGAGGGGAAAAAACAAAUAACCAAAAAAUAUUUUGAGAAUAUAUAGAUAUUUUCGUUUUUAAAACUUGCAGUAUUAUUUAUAUGAGAGAUCCCUUCUUAUUAAUUCAUCACCCAAACCACAGUAUAUUAACAUGUGAGCUGAAAGUUUCCACUAAAACUAUCACCAGUGAAAUAGUUUAAAAUUGUGAUAUUUUAGUCCAUUAGGAUUCAUUUUGAACACAUGAUAGAAAUGAACAGAGCAGUUCAUACCUCUCCAUAUAAAUUUUUAGUCUGCUUCUGUCUGCCGACUUGGGAAGGCAGAAUUGUGAUAAUUUACAUUUAAAAAGGUAACUCUGCAAUGAGGGCUCGCAACAUAAUUAAAAAAAAAAUCUUAAAUUUCCAUGUUUUAGAUGUUUCCAAUGUGUUCUAUGGAAGAGCCCCCAGUGUUGCACUGUAUCACAUGUAUCAGUCAGGAGAAAAUAUCUGAACUCAGGACCAAAUCCUUAGCUGCUUUUACACACCUUCAGAAGGGCCAAAAGAGGAUACUGUUCAGAGAUACAAGAGUCUUGGAGAACCCAUUCAGUAGGAUUCCACAGGUAAUAACUAAAUCUCAUUUUCAAAUGUGAUUUAGGCACUUGGGAUUUGAUCCUGUGCUCAUCAAAGUCAAUGGCAAAUUUCCCGUUGACUUCAAUGGAAAGGAGCAGGCUUUUGGAGCCUAGGUCUCACUAAAAGUCAAUGGGACAUAGGCUCCAAGUGCCUAAGUUGCUUUUGAAAACAGGACUUGGGCAUCUCAGACACUUGAUGCGUUAGAAAAUUUUACUCUAAAUGACAUUAUGCAAUACAGAGGUCACCACAACAGAGGUGGCUGAAAUCCUGGCUCCACUUAAUUCAAUGGCAGGAUUUCACCCUUGGUACUAACUCCCCAUGGAAUGGGGAUAUGUACGAGGCAUCGUCUGAGGACCUGUGUUGUUAUAACAUGGCAUAAGUGGAGAGCAGCCAUCUGUAGCUGCUUAUGCUAUCUUUAUUUGACAGUAACUGGAAGUGACCCAGCUGUGCAGGUGCCCCAGGUCACAUGGGUUGCAGUCACGGAUGGGGAUUCCCUCAUAGUUCCUUCAGGCAAAGCAGUUUUUACUCUGGCUUUGCUCCCAGGACUGAGGUGUGAGUCAUUAGACAUACCUUGUUGUUUUUCAAUCUGUGCAGAAACAAAUUUACUUUUAAACUGUAAUAAUGCAUUAUUUUAAAUGAACUGCCAUUUUUAGCUGGUGCACGGUGCUUUGUCUAUAUAGGGGAGAGAGACACUGACAAGAUAGCAAAAGGCAAAGUUGGUCCCUAGGCCCUUUGCCCUCGCCGUGGCCAGAAUAUGGCAGCUGCUUCUGCUAAUGGCAUAAUGGACUAGCCAGCGGAGGAGUCCUGAGGUGAGUGUUAGUAUGAAAUGAUUCCUCUUCCUUCUCAGGAUGCAGUAUGCUUGGGGGCUCCAAUUCACUCCACCCAAUAUUUUAAAUGCUUACUAGGGUUGUAUAAUGGAGUAUGUCCAGGUUUAGGCAUUUACUGUAUAAAGUAACAUGAAGUGAAAUCAUCAAGCUAUCACUCAGAAUUAGAACGUGAUCAUGCUUGCUUGCAUUUGCAGGUGGAUUGUCCCUCUAGUAAGUUCGACUAUUCCUAAUGUACUCUCAUGCUUAAGUGUUCUGUUUUUAAGUGAAAGUUGAAAUCACUAUUUUCCAGAAAAAAAUUGCAUGUGUGGUUUUUGUUUUUAAGUGCCCCAUCUAUGAGGCUCGGUUGACUUACACCUUAGGAAGCCUCAUUUACAGCUUUAUAUUAUAACUAGCAAUUUAAAAUGUCUUGAUUAAUGCAAAACUUUUGCUUUCUAAAUGAAAUAUGAGAACAAUAAUUUCUUUUUUUUCCCAAGAAGGGCGUUCUGUUUUACGGUAUUGUAAUGCUGGGUUAAUCUAAAAAGAGAAAGGAACAGUCACUUUUAUAUCCUAAAAUGUUACUGGCUGGAUCAGUACAUCA